AUGAAUUCUAAUUCUAAUAUCAAAAAAGAAGAUGAGCCAGAAUUAUUGUCUGAUCCCGAAGAUUUCCUUGAGAAGGGUGAAUCUUUAGAUAUGAACUUGAGUGGAGGAAACCAGAAAGUUUGGUUGGUCAAAUUACCCAAAUAUUUGGCUGAUAAAUGGAUGGAUAAAUCUUUAAUGGGUCAGCAAUUAGGUACGGUGAAAAUCAAAAGAGGAGGUAAUUCCAGUGGAACUGGAGGCGGUAUCGGAUCCAAUGGGAAUAUAAUAAAGUUAGCAUUAAAGAAAGAAUUACAAGAUCCGGGAAUCCCAAGUGAAUAUGAUUUAUCAGUUACAAAUUCAAAAGUACGUAACUCAUAUGUUUUCAGCGAAGAGAAUUUGAAACAUUUCAAAGCAGAAAAUACUGAAAUGAGUGAUGAUAGACCAGAAGAAAAGGAAGAAGAUGACCCUGAAGUCAAAAGACCUAGAUGGAGUGAAUUUGAAGGGUAUAAUAAUGAAUCAGCUCCUUUUGUUAAGACAAUACCUAAAAAAACUGCCUUGUAUGGUAAAAUUGUGCAUGAUUGUCAAAUAAGACCUUCAAGAACGGAUUCCAAGUAUAAAGAAUUCUUGGGUAGAAAACAAACUAUACAACCAUUAAAAGCCAGACCAAAAGUUGUUUUAUUGGAUGAAAUUCCUGGGGUUACCCAUUCCAAUGCAGGUCCAUCCAUUAAAGGUAAGAGUACGUCAGUAUUUUUAAAAUCAACUACUGCUAAGAACAAACAUGAAGGUAGAGCCAUCAGAAUGCCCAAAAAAGACUUGUUGGAUUUAUUAUUCAGAUUAUUCGAAGAAUAUGAAUAUUGGUCAAUUAAAGGUUUAAGAGAAAGAACGAGACAACCUGAAAGUUAUUUGAAAGAAUCAUUAGAAUCCAUUGCCAAUUUAAUUAAGAAAGGACCUUACACUUCUAAAUAUAAUUUAAAACCUGAAUACAAAAAAUUGAGAGAUGCAGAGAGGAACCAAAAUUUAGACAUCAAUAAUGAUAAUAAUGAUAAUGAAGAAGAUGAAGAAGACAUGGAGGAUGUAAUUUAA